AUGGAUGGGAUAGGGACGCUUGGUUGCUCUCGUUUCAGAGAUUUGGCACUUGGGAUUUUGUUUCUUGUCUCCAUCUCUAUCACCCUGUCAUCACCGAACAAUCCUCCUGUUGGGGUUAUCCUAUACCCUGUUAACUCUUGGACGACUUUCAGACACUCCUAUCUUCCCAUCGAAUCUAUCACCGGUGACAUCUAUCGGGUUGGUGAUAUCGACAAUCAGAACAGCGAUCAGGCGCAAGGAAAUUUCACCGUCGCGCUUCGUCUUCUGUUUGGAGAUCCUCCAUACGUCAAACCUACUCUUCUCCACCAUCACAUCGCCGACGUCAUCGAAUUUCUUCCCACAAUGUCCGGGAUAGAAAAGCUUAACAAUUCCAUCCUGAGCGUCUUUGACGGCACAAACUGGAAUACUUGGUCAGACAACUAUAUGAGCAUAUGCAUGCACCAGGGCACUUGGGGGGUUGUGAAACCCUCUUAUAUCUCGGUUAACGGUACACCAGCUGCAAAUAUCGGUGCAGUCGAACGUCCUUCAACUGCUGGGGACUCCCAAAAUCAAUGGGACGUUGCCAAUGAAAAGGCACUGGGUCUUGCGCGGGUUUAUAUUAUCCAGAAUCUGCGCAAGGGAAUCUUUAUGGACGGUCAACGGGAGCGCACUGCGCGCGAGGUUUUUGUGAAAAUGGCGACGGAUUAUGGCCAACCAAAUGCCAUCGAUGCUUUUGUCGAGUACCGCCUCCUGAACACCACCACCUUCCAUGGUGGUGACACCAUUGAGAAGCAAAUCAUGGAAAUGGAGACUCGUCGUUGCCAGUGUUCAGAAGGAGGAAUCAAGAUCCCCGACUACCUCUUCGCGACUCUCAUGCUCGCCGCCUUACCUGCUUCCAGCAGAGGUUUCGUCACCUCUUAUCUGGCCAAUCGUCCUAUUGCUUCCUUAAACCCGGUAGAUGUUAAGAACAGCGUCAUUGGGAAUAUCAAGAUCGAGAACCUCGACACGACGUCAAACUCGAAGAUUUCCACCGUUCCGUCCCUCGCCACCCGCUGCACUCAUUGUAACAAGUCCGGUCACGUUGCGGCAUCCUGCUACAAGAAGUAUCCCAACCUCAAGCCGACUGGUCAAUCUUCUGACAAAGGCAAGGGGAAGCAGGAUGAGGGGAAGAAGGAAAAGAAGAGUGGUGAUGGUACCAGCACUGUAAACAAAGAAGUUGUAGCCGCUCCCGUGGUUGCAGCUGCCUCCAAUGGAAUGCACAUUUUGUCCUAUCUCAUGAGUGACUCCCUCAAACACAUCGAUGAUGGAAUUUUUGUUGAAGAAAUGGGAGACGAUUCAAAAAUUCGUUUUCUAUGGGAUUCAGGUUUCGUUGGGUCGGGAGCUCGCUGCAAGAAUGAAGCCAUUGGAGAUAUUGUGUUGCGGGGUCAUACUAGUAGUGGCAUGGACUACACCUUCACGCUGAAGGAUGUCAUCUACAACCCGCACAUAAGAGGGCGUUACCUUUCUGGGUAUGCGCUCGAUCAGGCUGGUUACUACACCGUGGUUGGUGACAACAAGGCAAUCCUAGUCACCAAGGAUUGGCUCAACAAGGGAAAAGCGCAUGGGGAUGUCUUGAUGACCUUUAAAGCAAGCAAUCGCUGCUACUGGUACUACCCCGAGGAGCUCGUGGCACCAUCUGUGUCUGCAUCUCACGAGUCUACCGCGCUCGCUUCCCUGGAAACUACCGAUCGUGAAUUUUGA